AUGAAUAACGGAAAUAAUAACGAUCUUGAUGCCUUGUGCUCGCAGAGCGAGAAUGUCAAGGAUAAUGAUUGUUUUCGUUUAUUUGAGACCCAUCCAUUCUCCCCAUCCGUCACACAAAAGCCAUUUUCCUUACAAUCAUCUGAUCAUCCGGAAAAACGAAAUGAACCAAAGCCUGAUAUUUCACCAUAUAUAAUAUCUCCACCUCAUUCCAUAAGUAAAAUCGAAACUCGUUCUUCGAUAAAUGAAGGCCCAGCACAGCAGAAUAAUUCAUCAAUGCCAAUAUCUAUAAUAG